CCCUCUGAAUUCUCCUUUUGUAUUGGGGUGUGUGUAUCCACUCUCUUACUGAGAGGCUAAACCUAAAACCCUUACCUUUCCUUCCCGCCCUCAUAAUGAGGGACACAAACUGAGAGUGAAAUGCAGAAACUGCUACGCCCUUCUUCAGUUCCCUUCCUCUCUAUCUCUGUCACCGUGGCUACUCCCUUUCUUUCGUUGCCUCCCAAAGUUGCAAACCAACCAAUGUCAGCAGCUGCUGCUGGUUCUUCUCUCAAGCGCCAACUCUCUUAUUCCCGCUAUUUGGCGCUCUCUAGUACCAACACUUGCUCUGUCUGCAGGUGUCUCAGUCUAACCCACACCCACUCCCACCCCAAGAAUAACAAGACCCUUCUUCUCCUUAACCACUCUAGAAACCGCUCCUUGCAUUCGGCUUCAGAAGGCUCUUUCAUCACCCAACCCGACCCUGUUGAGUAUGGUUCUCUUGUGGACUCAAAAGAGAAGCCCUUUAACUCCAGGCUAAAUAGGAGGCAAAAGGGUUCUACUUCUUCUUCUCCUGCUCCGUCAAAUCCUGAUUUGCUGGCCAUCCCCGGUGUGGGUCCCAGAAAUUUCAGAAAGCUCGUUCAGAAAGGUAUCGCUGGUGUUGCGCAACUCAAGCAACUCUACAAGGAUAAGUUCUUUGGCAAAUCUAGUGACAAGAUGGUUGAGUAUCUACAGAAUUCUGUUGGAAUAAUCCACAAGAACCAUGCUGAGAGUAUAACUACUUUCAUUAAACAGAGUGUUGACGAGGAGGAGUUGGAAGACAAUUCCUCUUCCUCUGUUCAGAAGAAGCGCUUAACAUUCUGUGUUGAGGGUAACAUUAGCGUUGGCAAGACUACCUUCCUCCAGAGAAUAGCGAAUGAAACGAUCGAGUUGCGUGAUCUUGUUGAGGUGGUUCCUGAACCCAUUAGCAAGUGGCAGGAUGUUGGACCUGAUCACUUUAACAUUUUGGAUGCUUUUUAUGCCGAGCCGCAACGGUAUGCCUACACCUUUCAGAACUAUGUGUUUGUCACACGGGUCAUGCAGGAAAGAGAGUCAUCUGCUGGAAUCAAGCCUCUUCGUUUGAUGGAGAGGAGUGUUUUCAGUGACAGGAUGGUUUUUGUACGAGCUGUCCAUGAAGCUAACUGGAUGAAUGGGAUGGAGAUCAGUAUCUAUGACUCGUGGUUUGAUCCUGUAGUAUCCUCCUUGCCUGGACUUAUUCCUGAUGGUUUUAUCUAUCUUAGGGCAAGUCCUGACACUUGCCAUAAGAGAAUGAUGUUAAGAAAAAGAACAGAAGAAGGUGGAGUCAGCCUUGACUAUCUCUGUGACCUCCAUGAAAAGCAUGAAAGCUGGUUAUUUCCCUCCCAAAGUGGUAAUCAUGGAGUAUUAUCUGUCAAUCAGCUGCCCCAUCAUAUUGACAACUCUUUACACCCUGAUAUAAGAGACCGCGUUUUUUAUCUGGAGGGUGGUCACAUGCAUUCAAGCAUUCAGAAGGUUCCUGCUUUGGUUCUGGACUGUGAACCCAAUAUUGAUUUCAGCAAAGAUAUCGAAGCAAAGAGGCAAUAUGCACGCCAAGUUGCAGAAUUUUUUGAAUUUGUGAAGAAAAGGAAUGAGGUCUCAUCCAAGGAAGGAAGUAGCCAAGCCCAACCGCAGGUGCUGCUACCUCAUGAGGGUGGCCUGUGGCUACCAGAUGGGAAGCCUUUUCCCCGGGAAGCUCUCAAAUCUUUGGACUUCAGACAAGCAGCAACGUCAUUCAUGUCCGGCUAGUGACUGCUAAACCUUGUGAUUCAGGGCAAAGCUAUACUACUAAUGUCCCCUUGUUGAUGUGUUCACGUUUUUCUUGCAUGUAAAGAUUGACUCCGGACCUUGACUGAUGUAAAAUAGUGGUGGUAUUUGUGGUUGCGUAACGCUUUGCUGACACACACUACUUGGUCGUAGAUUAUAUACUCUUGUUGCUGUGAUUAGAAAGAUGGUCUUGAGCAUAAUAUCAUUUUGCCUACUCCUUAUGUUUAUAUCAGCAUCUGUUAUCCGAAGUCCUAGCUAGUGCUUUCAAGAACCAAAUAUGGUGUUGGAACAUCAGAUUUUGUCGGUUGAUUUUUCUAAUUAAUUUCUAAUUCUCUUGGCUUUAA